AUGGAGGAGAGCACUGUUAGAGACGUCGAGACUGGCAGUGAAACUGGAGGAGAGGAUGCCUUGGUGGGAAAUGUGAACAAGCUGACGGUGAGCCCACCAGGUUACUCAGGAGCUCCACGAAAAGGACAUCUGGUUUUUGAUGCCUGCUUUGAGAGUGGGAACCUAGGCCGGGUUGACUACAUCAGUGAGUUUGAGUUUGACCUCUUCAUCCGCCCUGACACCUGCAACCCCCGCUUCAGAGUCUGGUUCAACUUCACAGUGGAGAACGUCCGUGAGACACAGAGAGUCAUUUUCAAUGUGGUCAACUUCUCCAAGACCAAGAGCCUGUACAGAGAUGGCAUGUCUCCUGUAGUCAAGUCUACCAGCAGGCCAAAAUGGCAGAGACUUCCCGCCAAAAACGUGUACUACUACCGCUGUCCCGACCACCGGCGCAACUAUGUCAUGUCCUUUGCCUUCUGUUUCGACCGAGAGGACGACGUAUACCAGUUUGCCUACUGCUACCCCUACACCUACUCCAGACUGCAGCACUACCUGGCCAGCCUGGACCGCAGGAACCUGCCCUACCUGCAGAGGGAGCAACUGGGACUCAGUGUGCAACAACGGCGUCUUGACCUGUUAACCAUCACCAACACUGAGCAUCUGAGUCCAGAGCGGGAGAAGAAGCUGGUCUUUCUCACAGCUCGUGUUCAUCCUGGAGAGUCUCCUGCCUCCUUUAUUUGUCAAGGUGUGAUCGACUUCCUGGUGAGCCAGCAUCCUGUGGCUCAGAUCCUAAGGGAUCAUGUGAUCUUCAAGAUUGUCCCCAUGUUAAAUCCUGAUGGAGUCUACCUGGGAAACUACAGGUGUUCUCUGAUGGGUUUCGACCUGAAUCGCCACUGGCAGGAUCCCUCUCCAUGGGCCCACCCCACGCUGCACGCUGUCAAACAACUCAUAGUGCAGAUGAACCAAGACCCGAGGGUUAGUUUGGAGUUCUACAUUGAUGUCCAUGCCCACUCCACCAUGCUGAAUGGCUUCAUGUACGGCAAUGUGUUCGAGGACGAGGAGCGUGUCCAGAGACAGGCUGUCUUCCCCAGACUGUUAUGCCAAAACGCACCAGACUUCUCCUUUUCCAACACAUCAUUUAACAAGGACCAGGUGAAGGCCGGUACUGGUAGACGGUUCCUCGGUGGUCUCCUUGAUGACACGUCCUACUGCUACACCCUAGAAGUGUCCUUCUACAGCUACAUGACGGCUGGCAGCACCGCUCCUGUGCCGUACACCGAGGAGACGUACACCAAACUGGGCAGGAAUGUUGCUCGAACCUUCCUGGAUUACUACAAACUCAACAACCUCAUCAAGGACAACAGACCAAUUCACAUUCAAAGCUCUGAGGUGACAGGCGAUGGCAACAGGAAGGGCAACGGUUCUGGAAGAGACGCAGCAGACAGAGAAAGAGAGAAGAGCCAGGGCGUCAGGCACUAG